AUGGAGUAUAGGAGGUCCCUUUGGUUAUAUUAAUGAGAGAAAAGUUAAAAUGUAUCUGAAAAUUUGUCGGUAUCAAAAAGUAUUUAAUUACUAUAGAAAACAAAUACACACAAAUGUAUCUCGAAUUCUAUCUAAUCAAUACCACAAUGCAGCUCAUCAAAGAAGGAUACGUUCUUCACGUUUAUAUUGGAGUAGUUUUGGUAUUUUAAUACUUGGCUUUACUUAUGCAUCAGUACCUUUGUACAGAGUAUUUUGUCAGUCAUAUAAUUAUGGUGGAACAAUAUCAGUUAAUCAUGAUAAUACAAAAGUAAGUUCAAUGAAACCUGUUAAGGACAGAGUGUUAAAAGUAAAAUUUAAUGCUGAUACAGCAGCUACGAUGCAAUGGAAUUUUAAACCACAACAAAAUUAUGUGAGGGUUAUGCCCGGAGAAACUGCGUUAGCAUUUUAUACAGCAAAAAAUCCUUUAGAUGUACCAGUGACAGGUAUAUCUACCUAUAAUGUGGUGCCAUAUGAGGCAGCACAGUAUUUUAAUAAAAUCCAAUGCUUUUGUUUUGAAGAACAACAACUUAAUCCACAUGAAGAAGUUGACAUGCCAGUGUUUUUUUACAUUGAUCCACUAUUUGCUGAUGACCCUAAAAUGGAAAAUGUCAAUGAAAUUGUAUUAUCCUACACAUUUUUUGAAGCCAAGGAGGGAAUGAAACUUCCUAUUCCAAAUUUCAUGAAAGAAUAGUAGACAUUGUAAUAAAAAGUAUAAAAAAGCAACAAUAUGUUGAUGUAUAGCAAUAAAUAUUUAUAAAUAGAGUCUCGUUAAAACUUAAGA